AGGUCUUAUGCUUAGUAUGAUAAAUGCCUUCAAGUGAAAUAAAAUAGAAAUACUAGUGUAUAAAAAAAAAAUUAAAAUUUUAGUACCAAUUGAAUACAAAUCCAAAAAUUAAUUAGAAAGAGGCAUUUAUAGAAUUAAAUUACCAAUUGGAUACAAAUGCAAAGAUUAAUUGGAAAGAGGCAUUUAUAGAAUUAAUUCAACAAUUCGCCUCAUCAAUAACGCAGAAUUUUAUCCCCCCGUCAAAGCAUUUCUUGAAAUAGGUAAUCUAAAAUCUCUUGCCAUUUUAGGCUAGCUGUAAUGUUAUUUUCAGCAUUUUGCCAGGAAUCGGAUAUCAAAGCCUUCAGUGGCAAAGCAACAUUCUCUCCUGACUUUUCUAUAUAUAUAACCAUUCCAGUCUAAUUACACCAGCAAAAGAAGAAAAAGAAAGCAAAAAAAAAAAAAAAACCUGCUCAAAAAGAAGAGAAAGAAAAAGGACGAGAAGACUCCCAGGGGGUCUCCAAACAAAUAUCUUGCAGCCUCCUGCUGUUGUUGUCUAGUUCUGAGUUCUCCCCUUCUGUAAAAAACAAAAAACAAAGAAAAGAAAAUGAAAGCCAGAAGAGCAAUCUUCUUUGUUCUAGCCUCUCUUCCUUUCUUGUUUGAGUCUUCUGAAUCUCAAGCACCUGGUAAUAAUGAGACUGAGUAUAGAUAUGAUGAAGCCAGUGGUAAAGGACCGUCAAGGUGGGCAGAGCUGAAUCCACUUUGGAGAGCUUGUGGUGUAGGUAGAUCUCAAUCUCCAAUUAAUCUUCAAGAUUCCAAACUUAUUCCUGCUCCAGGAGAUCUACAUUUAGCUUAUCAAUCAGCACCUGCUACUGUCAAGAGCAGAGGCCAUGACAUCAUGGUGUCAUGGACAGGGGAUGCUGGGUCAAUUCAGGUCAAUGGAACAAAAUUCAUGCUGAAACAGUGCCAUUGGCACAUGCCCACAGAGCAUGCAAUCAGUGGUAUCAGGUAUGAUAUGGAACUUCACUUGGUUCAUUCCAAUAGUGCUGGAGCACCAGCCGUUGUUGGAAUACUUUACAAAAUCGGACAAGCAGAUCCCUUUCUUGCAAAGUUGUUGCCAGACAUAAAAUCAGUUACAAAAGAAGAGAAGAAGAUAGGGACUAUGAAUCCAACAGAUAUUGGAUUUUCAAGCAGCAACUAUUACAGAUAUGUUGGAUCUUUUACAUCCCCUCCAUGCACAGAAGGUGUCCCUUGGACAGUAUUCCAGGAGAUUAGGACUGUUUCAACAGAGCAAGUGGAAGCAUUAAAGAAUGCUGUUGAUGAUGGAUUUAAGACUAAUGCAAGGCCAAUUCAAGGAGUGAAUGGAACACAGUGAGAUUAAUGAUUCCAAAAUACAAUUUGUCAGUUAUCAGUUAUAUAUACAUAUAGCAACUUGAUGAUCUUGAAGUUCAUUAUGCUUUAGAUUUAAGAGCAUCAAUAGCUGAGGGGGAAUUACCUUAAUUUUUUUGAUAAAAGGGCAAAGUACCUUAUUGAUUCUAAGUAAUUGGCCAACAAAGAUUUUGAUGCACUUUGUACCCUUUUUAUUUUAAAUACAACUUCCAAUACCUUAAUUUUAAUAUUUAAUUAUUUCAUAUUUCGUUA